UUUUUUUAAUAUUUGUAAAAUGGGGCCAGACAGAAGGGCGCUCUUUUUGGAGGUUUUGAUCGCCAUUUUGAUCCCACCAUUGGGAGUUUUUCUCAGGCAUGGUUGCAGAGUUGAGUUCUGCAUAUGCUUGCUCCUCACUAUUCUAGGUUAUGUUCCGGGUAUUAUCUACGCCAUUUAUGCAAUCAUAGUGGUAGAUCAUGAGAGGUUCAGGCCCGAAUAUUGGCAACCCAUCAAUGCAUAGUUAGUAAUAUUCUUUGAACGUAUUGUAAUUGUUCAUGGCUUCUUACAUGUAUCAAAAGAACCUGGUCUUUCUAUUGAUUUAGGAAAAAUAUUUCUCUUUUC